CUUCCUCUUCUUCUUCCUCCUCCUCCUCCUCCUCCUGCCCCUUCCGCUCCUCCUGCCAGCCGAUUCAGAUCACCAUGCAACUCUCACCGCUAUAAAAAUCACCUCCAUCACUAUCAGGGGUCGCAAACAUCCCACAACUCUGACUGGCCGAGGUGAACGUAAACCCUCUGAGAGCGCUCCAUCUGCCCGUGUUUUUCUCCGUCUCCGGUGACAUUCCAGCGCUCGUGUCAGCGGAGAUGUUGGCAGGUGCGUUAGUUCUGGGCACCAUCCUUACAGCUUUACCAGGCAUCCAGAGCAGGUGGAGUGUCUCAUUUUCUAGGAAGCAGAUCUGUGUGUGGGCAGGAACGACCGUCACCCUGCCCUGUCGAUAUGACUACCCAUCAGGUCACACUGUAAAGCGGGUCAUGUGGUUCCGUGUGUCUGCUGAGGGUCGCAGGGAGUUCACCCACCACACCGACCCAAACCAGAUCAGCCUGUCAUACCGCGGACGCACACGUUAUACUGGGGGUAGCUACUCCAGCUGUUCAGUCCAGAUUCGCGGUGUAAAGCUGAGUGAUGCAGGUCAGUAUCACUUCAGAUUUGAGACAGAUCAGCCCCUGGGGAGAUGGACCUCCCCGGACACCAUCACUCUGGAUGUAACAGACCUCCAGGUCCAGCUGCAUCCAGCCAGGCCUGGCAACAUGUUCGGCUUCGGAGACACUGUGUUUGUGGGCUGCCAGGCCAGAGGAUGUGCUGCUCCAGGAAGGAGCCUUGCGCUCUACAGGAAUGGUUUAAACCUCGGCUCUUAUGAGAAAUGGAUGAUCAUUAACCGCUUUGACCAGCAGCAUGCCGGAGCAUACACCUGUCGACCGAUCCCACCCCAGAACGUACAGUCUCCAUCACUCUCACUGGCACUGGGACAUGGUCCUCGCUUCACCUCCAUCACAGUCUUUCCAGUAGGAGAGGUGUCAGAGGGCAGCUCCGUCACUCUGACCUGCAGCAGCGAUGCAGCUCCGCCUGUCGAGAGCUUUGCUUGGUUCAAAGACAUGGAGAGUGGGAGCAUCCCAGAUAGUUUCAGGCCUCAGCUCCACCUGUCCAACCUCAAAUACACAGACAGAGGAGAGUAUUUCUGUGUAGCCCGUAACUCACUGGGAACGGAUCGCUCCAAAGCGCUUCUACUCAAUGUCACUUACUCUCCAAAGAACACUCAUGUGCUGGUGAGUCCUCGAGGGGAUAUGAGAGAGGGCUCAUUUGCAAACCUGAGCUGUGUCAGCCACGCAAACCCUCCUGCCAACAGGUAUGCUUGGUAUCGUAUCAUUGGUGACCAGGUGAUUGCUAAAGGUGCCUUUCAGAACCUGACAUUGUCGUCUGUGCGUGCUCACCAUGCUGGUCAGUACUACUGCAGAGCUUCAAACGGAUUAGGAUACCAAACGUCACCUGUUGCUACUCUCACUGUGCUGUAUCCCCCUAAGAACACUUCAGUUCUGGCUCGUCCCUCCAGUGUUGUGGAUGCUGGCAGACCUUUGACCUUGACCUGCAGCAGUCAGGCGAACCCAGCAGUGGACAACUUCACAUGGCACCGAUUAGCUCUGGAUGGAGGGGCUGUGCAAUCUUGGGUCACCAAGUCUGGUCCUGUCUUUACCAUCUCUGAGGUUGGCCCGAGUGCAAGCGGUCAGUACUACUGUGAGGCCAGGAAUCGAAUUGGAGCCCACAGCUCUCCAGUCCUCACCGUAAGAGUCAGAGGUCGUUUAAAGGUCAUUGCCUUGGCCUCAGCAGUGGGUGUUUCUGCUGGACUCAUCACACUGACAGUGGCUGUUAUGAUCAGUAAAAACAUGCACAGAGUAGACACAGAGUCAGUAGACGUGACAAACAAGUGUCCAUCAGUGACAGCUGACACUAUGUUUUAUGAGUCAGCUGAACAUAUCUACCCAGUGAGGAAGGGCAAGAUGUCCGACAUACCGGAGGAGCCAGAGGAUUUGAGUGACAGCUCCCAUCCCUCCAUUGUUCCUCUGAAGGAUGCUCCACCAAUCACAGAAGGUCAAAGUUGCAGCCUUGCCUCCAACUACAUCACUGUGCACUACUCCAGGUUGUCCAGCACAGAUCAGGUGCAGGUGCACAACCGGCCACUGGGUGCUGAUAAAAAACCAAAGGAUUCCUCCAAAGUUGUUUACACUUUACUGCCCCAGCCUCGUCACUAACCAGGAGGAAGCAGCUUCAGCUGAAUGGCACAUCAGCUUUCCUCAUUUGAGCAAAUCACUUUGCUUCUGUCCACUCGAGGGACAGGAAACUCACCCUGGUGACACCGUACACCGUUUUGGAUCAGACACUCGGAUUGUGUCACAUUAUGGAUUCACUAAGAGAGAAGCAUGUGUUCUUUCCUGGAGUCCAGCUCCUAACUUUGCUGCAUUUCUCUGUUUCUUUCUGUGCACCUGAACAGCAAUAACACUGAAUGCCUUUUUGCUUGCACUCCACGUUGCAGGUUGCCAUAUUUCUAGUGUUGCCUGUUUGUUGAUACUUAACAGUGGAAUUUUUGAUGACCAAUUAUUAGCGGUUGCUACUUUAUCAUUUGCAGUGAUGAUUUGUAUGAAAAUAAGAGCUUGAUAUCUGAGGGAGAAAUCGUGUAGAAUCAUUUUUGACAUGCAUAAAGGAUAUACAGCACUUCACAUUGAUGAGUUCCCGCACUGAUUGAUCUUCUCCACUAAAUUUAGAUGUUUGUGCAGUUGAUAGAGCUUAUAUUAUAUCCAAUCAAUGCAAAUGAGCUGUCAAUAAAAUCAAAUCAAAUCAA